ACAAUUUACCCAUUUAUAUUUUCUUCUAAUUUUAUCUCUGUUGAAGCUCUCGCACUGUACGAAAUAUAUUUUCCUGGUGAACCCUAGCCUUUGUCCUCUCUCACACCAAAACAAAAACCAAACGUUGGAAUGAUAUAAAGAAAGUUUUAGAGGUAUAUAUCCAUGGAAGAAACAGAAAAGGGUUUAUUGUUUACUUCUGCAACUUCAGAAAUCAUUGUGGCCCAUGAUGUUAACGUUGUUGUUGGUGAAACCCUAGAUGGGUCUGUGGAAUUUGGGGGUAAGGUUCAUGAUGAAGUGAUUUGUGGUGAUUCUGUUAAAGGUGCUGGGGACGUAACCGUAGCUCGCCCGGUUACUUCACUCUUAUCUGAAAUGUUGGAAACGAUUGAUUCAAUAUUGUACAUGCCGAUUGGGCGGAAUGAUAACAUUGAUGAUAUUGAGGAAAUGUCAAAUUUUGAGAAUGAUAAAUUUGACAUGAAGUCUAAUAUUGUUGAUAUCAUGGAAACGAUAGAUUUGAUAUUGAACAUGCCGAUUGGGAACGAUAAAGUUGAUGGCAAAGCCAAUAUUGUAGAUGAAGUUGUUUGUGGAACUGAAGUUGAAAAGUGCAAUGCAAAGGAGCAAAUAAUAGCUGAAAAGGAUACGAGUGGUGUUUCUGCUUUGAAUGCUGAACAAUCUGAUUUACUUAAGAGGAUGCUAAUAGAUGUUGAAGAUCAACAAGGAACAGAAAGAAGUAAAACAAUGGAACAGACCGCAAAGGUUAAAGGUUUGUCGGCAGCUAUUGGUAGUGAGGAAAUUUUUGAUGUUAAUGCAAUUGUUGAAAAAGACACUCAAAUUUCCGAGCAAUGGAGCCAUGUGCCGUUGCAUGAUGGAAAGGAAAAACUCGGCGAGGAGUCAAAUAUGAUGCAAAAGGUUGUAGAGAAAGAAUGUGUUUCGAAACAGAUUGGUUCAGAUGGUGGUCAGGAAAUUGAAGAAGAAUUUAAUGAAGCUGGGAAGAGAAAACCAACUAAUGGAAAAGCUGUAAAACAUGCACUGGUGAAGCCUGGUAGUUCAGAAACAGUUCAUCAGUCACGGUAUUUGCUGCCAACUGUAAAAAAAGAAGGCGAGUUUUCUUUCUCUGAUAUGGUUUGGGGCAAAGUGAAAACCUACCCAUGGUGGCCUGGACAGAUAUUUGAUCCCUCGGAUGCAUCUGAGCGGGCAAUGAAGCAUUAUAAAAAAGAUUGCUAUUUCGUUGCAUAUUUUGGUGACAGAUCAUUUGCAUGGAAUGAAGCAUCUAAGCUGAAGGAUUUUAGGGCACAUUUCUCCACAAUGGAAAAGCAGAGGAGCCGUUCAAAAUCAUUCCAGAAUGCUAUAGAUUGUGCUUUGGAUGAAGUCUCAAGACGAGUCGAAUAUGGGCUAGCAUGUUCUUGUAUACCUAAAGACACCUAUGACAUGAUCAAAAGCCAGACUGUAGACAACACUGGGAUUCGACAAGAAAUAAGCAUCACACGUGGGGUGGAUGAAUCUCAAAAUGUUGACUCAUUUUCACCGAUGAAACUUAUAGAAUAUGUGAAAACACAAUCUAAGUUGCCUACUAGUGGCUUGGAUCGAUUGGAGCUUGUGAUUGCUAAGGCUCAGCUGCUUGCAUUUAAUCGGUUUAAGAGUUUCUCUUGCUUGCCAGAAAUACAGCGUUGUGGAGGCGUUGACAAGGACAAUUUACUUUUUGUUGACGAUGAACAAGAUUUGUGCGAGGUUAUUGAGCAUGCAACUCUUGUAGUUAAUACUGAGGAUCAAGCUGGUCCUAGGAAUUUAAAAAAUCAAAGCAGCACCCAUCAAAAGCGUAAAUGUAAUUUCAAGGAUACUAUGCAUCCGGCAAAGAAGGAAAAAAGGAUGUCAGACCCAAUGAAUGUGACUCCAGAUUCUCGAGACCGUGAUUGUUGGACUCCAAAUCAACUGGUUUCACCUGAACAUUCCAAGAGAAGGAGUGCCAUGGAUCACUUUGAUGAUGACUUUGAAAUGCAAAUUGGGAAAAAAACAAUUUCUGGAAUGCAGAGGUAGCUCUCAGUAGUGCUAAAAAGUUCAAAAUAUUUGGCUCGGUACUCGUAGAUUACCAGCUUAAUUAAACUCCAAGUGCAGUGUUCAAAGCUAGCAAAAAACAUGAUUAAAGAUCCAAUUAUCAUGGCAAGGCUGCUUUAAAAUGAAAGUAAUGGUGUAUCCAACUUUAGUUUCAUAUUCUGUUGAAAUGAGAAAAUUGGUUACAGUUCUCAACAAAAUGAGUAUUUAUACUCCUAGGACUGUGCUGAGUUAGGAAAGCUGGUUACAAGGUGAAAGGCUAAACGAAUUUCUACGAACAUAGUUGGUUAGUCCAGUUAUUAAUCUAUUACUUUUAUUAUGCUAAUCUUAUACAUGAUGGUCCAUGAAAUAUUCUUAUCUUUCUUUUUAAUAAAGGAAUUUUCUAAUAAA